UGAUAUAAACUCCGAAACGUUACUAUAUAUAAUUAUAAUAUAAGUUCUUCUUUUCAGUUCAUUGUCAGGCAACAAUUUUUUCUACUUUAUUUGCUCUUGAAAAAUUAGAGCAAGAAUUUACGAAAGAGCAAAUCGUUUAUUUCAAUUUUUCAAUUGAUUUUGUUCCAGAGAUUGGGACUGAAAACCCUAAAAAGUUUCAGAAAAUGCAGAAUCCUUCCAGAUUGAAUUGACACCAGGAAACGUAUCGCUUGUUUGGUAUUCCCAAUACGGCGCAUUACUGAGGCGCAUUAGUGUGACGCAGCAAGUUGACGUAGGUCAGUGUCUGGGUUCCAAACAAAGCGGUUUAAGUGAGAGUUGUUCAAGAUCGUCUCCAAUAUUUCAUACAAUUUUCAAAAUUAAGAGAUUUAAGAUGGUUAUGUGUUGGGCCCCUGACUGUAAACAUUACAGUGAAAGAGAAACAUGUAAAUUUUUCAAGUUUCCCAAAGAUCCUAAAUUGCGGAAUAAAUGGAUGAAACUUGUAAGGCGGGAUAUAGAGGCAGGACCAUAUGCACGCUUGUGCUCAUGUCAUUUCAAAGAUGGAGAGAAAGAAAAUUUACCCACAUUAUUCAUUCAUAAUGUGAAUAAACGUUUUACUUUCUCUUCACCGGAGAAGAAGAAGAGAUCAAUUGCCAUAUGCACUGCUUCCUCUCAAACUGUGGCUCAGGAUGUGGAAUCUGUUGAAAGAGUUUCACCAGCACACUUUCAAGAGGACAACCAAGCAGCUGAUAAUGUUGGUACAUCUACUUCCACUGUGCUACUGGAGACAGAAAAUUUUUUCCUUCAGAAGCGUAUUACACAAUUGGAAAAUGAAUCUUCUAGUGGAGCAUUCAGUUUCAAAGUUAUUGAGAAGGAUGAUAACUUAUGUAAACUAUUUACAGGCAUUCCUACCGUCUCUAUUUUCCUCGCAACAUUUGAGCUCCUUGAAGAUAUUCCAUUAAAUUAUUAUUCGGGUUGGAAUGUUGAAGAAAUUCCAAAAAUUGACCAGUUUCUUAUGUGCUUGAUGAAACUGCGUCAAAAUUAUCCGCGCAGUGAUUUAGCACAUAGGUUUGGGGUAUCGCAAGCUACUGCGACUAAUAUCAUUAUGACAUGGAUACAUAUUCUCCAUGCGGUUCUAUUCAAGCAAUUGAAUUCACAUAUACCCUCUCGGAAGAAGAAUCAGACAUGCCUACCAACAGCAUUCAACAUGUUUACAAAUUGUAGGAUUGUCCUUGAUUGUACUGAAAUAGCUAUGACUGUUCCCCGUGAAUCAAUGAGCACACAAAAAGCCACUUAUAGUAGCUAUAAACAUACAAAUACAUGGAAGGCACUUAUAGGAGUGGCGCCAAAUUGGGUUGUUACAUAUGUGAGCACAUUAUACCCAGGAGCCUCAUCAGAUAAAAAAAUUGUGCAAGAGUGUGGCAUUUUGGAAAAUCUCGAAGCAGGUGAUUUGAUUUUGGCCGAUAAGGGAUUCUUAAUUAGGGAUCUACUACCUGAUGGAGUGAAUGUGAAUAUUCCUCCAUUCCUUGUAACUGCUCAGUUCACACCCACUCAGGUUGAGCAAACGGAAUCUAUUGCAAAAGCAAGAAUCCAUGUUGAGAGAGCAAUUCAACGAAUGAAGACCUAUAAAAUCCUCAAUUUCAUUCCAAGUUCACUCUUUGAACAAGCUGGAGUUAUUGUUCAAGUGAUUGGGGCACUAACGAAUUUACAACGUCCCUUAAUUGAUGAGGUGAAAAGCGAUUCUUUUUCAGAGGGUGAAUAAUAUAUGUGUAUAAUUUAUAUUGUCACAUGAUAUU